CCUCUAACUGCCAGGACCUGAAUCGCUCCUUUCUUUUUGUCUCAUCGGUUGGUCGACGUCACCUGGAGAGAAGCUCGCACGCAGUGUCUGAGGAGCGGCUGGGGACUGACACGGCCACAAAAUGCUCGAAAUGUCAAUUCUUAAGGUUGAGAACCCCUCCUGUCUCUGGGGUCGGGUCGUUCGGUGUCGGGGCACUAACACAGAGACGACAGAGGAGUACAACAGUAUGUUGUCUCAGAUUAACCUCUUCUACCACGACGUUACUAAGGACCUGUGCAAACUGAAGCCCACGUCAAUAGAGGAGGGACAGGUGUGUGUGGUGUACUGGUCAGUGAUGAAGUUGUGGUGUCGGGCCGUGGUGGAAUCAAUUACUAUGGACUCUGUAUCCUGUAAAGCUCGCUGCCUGCUGGUUGACCACGGUGAACGUCUCGUCAUUGCUUCAGACCAGAUUCGAGUUGCUGUACAGAACUUCCUCCAGCUGCCAUUUUGGGUGAAGAGGUUCCACCUGGCACGAAUCAAACCAACAACCCUGCGAGUGUGUGUUUACCAGGAGAAUGCAGAGCUUAUUCCGACCGCUCAUUGGGACAGCUCCGCUACGCUCUACCUACACAACCUGCUACAAGCGUCAACUUGGACAGAGGCUGUGUUGCUUGAAUCUGACUCAGACUCCACCUCCAUCGAGCUCUACCUAACUGUUGGAAACAUCAAGAUCUGUGUGAAUGAUGACCUUGUGGCCAAGAGGUUUGCAUAUUACACCAGAGAGUCUGCGGAAAGCAGUGGGUUGGAUGAGGUGGAUCGAUUUCCCAUCAUGUUGUCCUCCAGCAUCUUAACCCAGAGCGCCUCCACAACCUCAAGCAAGCCGACAGCAGUAACACAACCACCUGCUGGUAAACAUACGGAUGUGACUGCCAGUGAUAGACAUCAGGGUAGAGCAUGUGAUUGGCUGACAGCUCCCUAUUCGCCUCAGAGCCAACAGCAUGAGCUGAGGACCUCUAAUGGAGACUGUAGGCCAAACAUCACAGAAGAACAACUGUCUACCGGCAGCCAAUCACAGAGCAGCUCUCAGACUGCUGCUACAGAGAGUGACUCAUCAGACGACACUGACUCCUCUCUGGCUGCAGCUCUGACCAGAAACCUCAGUUUGUUCAAGUUCCUGAAGUUUCUGAAUCCUGGCAGCAGCUAUCAGCAGGCGACUCACAGUGUUGGUGAGAUUGAAGAGCUGAAUGACUGUCAACCUAAAGAGCUGACUUCGGCCUCCAGCCCCUGCACAGGACAGGAAGAAUUAACCCCUUUACACAACAGUGAGCCUGUAACAUCAGACGAGGAUGUGGUCCAUAUAAGCUGCAAAGGUAGUUUGGUAGAGUCAGGACCAGCAGAGACAAAGAAGAUGAGGAGCAGUGAAUUGGCCGGGGCUUGUUCACGGCUUUUGGAGUGGUUGAACCCCGAGCCUCUGAACCCUGAUCCAGAAGCUGGAGAUGACGCUGUUGUUCCCAGUGAGCCCAGGUCAAAUGGGAUUCUGGUGCACUCUGCGCUCCCAGUUCAGCCCUGCAGCAGUUUGGAUGAUGCCCCCAUCACUGAAGCUCUCCGCUUGGUGCUUCAGAGGAAGCAGUACAACACUCUGUCUCCAGCUGACUGUUACAGCUGGCCAGCUGUGUCUCGAGGAUGCAACACCAUCAUUGUGUCCCACAUUGCUGACCAGCCGCUCAGCUACCUAGCACCACUCCUCACCCACAUCCUGCUCAACUCCAUCUUCAGUUCCCUCACCUCCAGCACAGGGCCCAUCGCAGUGCUGCUGUGUCCAGGCUGGGAGAAAGUCCAGCAGGUGUAUGACCUGCUGGAGGAUUUCAAGAUCACCCACAUGCUCCAUCCCAUCGUCCUGCUGCUGGGUGUUGGGAAGGACGAGGCCAAGGCUAUCAGGAUCCCGAAGAACUGCCUGCUGUUAGUGACCACACCCUUUAGUUUUGUCCGUCUGCUGUCUUGUCACUGCUUCAUGUUCCUGCGUCUUCAUCACCUGCUGUUGGACGAGGCCGACCAGCUCUUCACUUUCGCUCCGGAUGAGAUGGAGAUCAUUUUGCAGCAUUUCCAGAAGGUGACCUCCAGCGAGGAGAAGGCCUCCAGUCCUCUGCAGCUUGUUGCUGUGGCGAAAAGAUGGACCAGUCAAGUGGAGGGAUUGUUAACCAAUCACAUGCCCUACCCCUGCAUUGUUAUGACUGUCCCUGAGGAAGCUGCUCUCUAUGGUAACGUUCAGCAGUUCAUCCUCAUGACUCUAGAGAGCAGUAAGAUCUCAGAACUGUUGGGGAUGUUGGAUUUCAGCCCAGAUGUUGGCCAGAAGACUCUGAUCAUAGCCAACUGUGCUCAGGAAGUUGAAGAUGUGUUCAAGGCCGUGAGUCACAAAUCUGCUUUCUGCCUCAAGACUCACGAGGGGUUAACAUACCAGUUUGACUUUGUCAUCCAGCAGUGGAGGAAAAACAUCGGGCCUGGAACUCAUGUUAUUCUGGUGACCACCAACGAGUGUCUGAAGUGUUUUGGAAUCAGAGAUGCAUCUUGCGUCAUCCACUACGGUUUCCCCACUUCUCCCAAGCUGUUUGGCAGUCGACUCUUCAGCAUGUCUGAAAACUUCAGAAACCUCUCAGAACGGGUUUCCACCCAGGAUCAAACAGCGAGCCGCCCUCCUGUCACCAGGUCAGUGCUGUUGAUCUCAGAGAGGAACGCUCCUCAUGUUGUGGGGGUUGUGCGUUACCUGGGACGAACCAACGCCUUGCUGCCCCCUGAGCUACUGUCUUUCGGCCAUGGCAUCCAUAUGGCCAGGGAGGACCUGAAGACCAACAGGCCUCUCUGCAGCUACCUGAAGAGCUUUGGAGUCUGCAGAGACAGUAGAACAUGUCCCGACCGUCACAAGUUCAUUUCCCAGCUGGAUCAGUCCGACCUUCCUGCAGCUGGGGUCAUAGAAGUUUUACCUCUCUAUAUCAAGACGGCAUCAGUCUUCUAUGGUCGCAUCGUCAGGAAAGAUGAUAAUGGUUUUGAUGGCUUAGCAUCUGAGAUGGCUUCUUACUAUGCUGAUAAGAAACCAGGACCCGGCACAGAGUUGUCGGAAGGAGGCUUAUACGCUGUGCAGGAGGACAACGACUUCCACAGGGUGAAGAUCCUCUCUGUCCCAGGCAGAGGUGACCACUUGUUUUUCAGGGUCUUAGUGCAGUUUAUUGACACUGGAAAGGAAGAGGAGGUGAAAUCCCAUCAGAUCCUUCAGCUGCCGGAGCAGUUUCACUCUCUGUCCUGCCAGGCUGUGGAGAUCAUUGUCUGCCGCAUCAAACCAGUUGAUGCCGAGAUCGACUGGCACCCAAAGGUCACCAGAGCCAUCAGUCAGAAGAUCCGAGGUCUGCAGCACCGUGCCAGAGCAGUUCUCAGUCUGGGAAACACUGUCUUUGUUGAUCCCAUGGUCCGGGUGAGCCAGGUGCCAGGUAUGAAAACUGUCAUCAACGAAUAUAGUGUCCAGUCUGAGAUUCUGAAUACUGGAAUGGGAGUCAGCAACGCGGAGCAUCUAAAACUGCUGAGGACACUGUGCCAGGAGGGUGAAGACAGCAGCAGCAAAGAGGCAGGCCACACAUACGGGUUGAAGGACAACUCGGUGUCUCUUGAAGUCAGGAUCAAAGCUGAGGAAGAAGUUCUGGCUGAAGUCUUCAGAGCAGCCGAGGCCAGGAAGCUUUCUGCCCCUCCUCAACUCGAGCCAUGUGAGCCAUUAAACCCAGUAUCUCCAAUGAACCACACCCCAGUCCCAGCACCACCAGCUUGUCAACUCCGCCUGUUCCCAGUGUUUGAGCAGGAAGCUCUCUCAGAAAUUCAGUCUGCAGAUGAACAGAGGAACAGAGAUGGAGGAGAACUUUGUCCCACGACCAACCUGGCUGCUUGUCUCAACUCCUGUGAUAGUGGUGGCAAUGAAAGUAAAAGCCAGCAGGUCACCAUCAGCACUAAUGAAAAACAGUACGAGAAAAAAAGUUUCCAUCCUCAGAUCCGCUGGUACCAGACACCCGACGCUAUGAUUGUAACAGUGAAGCUGAUGAACGCAGAGAGUCAGCGCUGUGACUUCUACCCUGACAGGGUCAUCUACAGUGGCAGAGUGAACAGUCAGUCCUACAGAGCUGAGCUGGAGCUUCAGGGCAACAUCGCUGUGGACCGCUGCUGCUGGGAAAUGAAGUCCAAUGAGCCUGUCCUCAAACUGGUCAAACAACAGCAGGGGCACUGGGAAAAACUACUCAGGAACAAGAAUAUUUUUGUGAGUUAUGAUAUGGAGCAUUUUGAAGAGAAUGAAGACAAAGCACCAAAUGGUCUGUGGUUUGUGGGGAACACAGGAGAGGAUAACUGUUAUGUGAACUCAGAGAGUGGCAGUGAGAGUGACUGAAGAUAAACACUCUGGUUAUCUAUUACAAUCUAAGGAUCACAGGAAUAUUUUUGUCAUACAUUGUGUUGUGACCAUUGACGACCUCAAUAAUGAGGAUUGUACUGUCAGGGUUCUGUGAAUAGAAACUUCUGCAGUGAAUUAACUGAACGUUUCAGAACUUUGAGAUUUAAGCAUUUAGGUACUGCUAAAAGUCAGAUUUAUAAAUUUGUCUCAAGUAUAAUGCGACAUGCAAUGUGACUGUCACAGUUAAAUGUUAUCAAAGUGUUCAUCCAUAACUUUUGUCAGAAUCUGUUCACCUCCAUGUGACUAAGAAAAGAAGAAUACCAAAGGGUUCAGUUUUUUCCAUUUAGAAAAUAGGUCCCUAUUUAUUUUUUACUACUGUUGCCAUUUUUCAUUUCUAGAUAGAAGCUCUGUCAUGAUAAAUCUCAAUCUCAUGAAAACAAAUGAAACAGUCCAGCUAUAAAUCCCUCUUUCAUGAAGCCUGUGCUCUUCUUUGUAGAUUAUUCAACUUCAUGGUAAUUUUGUAGGCUGCAGAUUGUGGUCCUGUUUAAUUGCAUUUCAUUAUAUGGAUAAAUGCCUCUAUUUCCUUGUCCACCCCAUCAAUGUGGGUCAGACUUACAAUAACAAACAAUAAGUCAUAAGACAUGUCAUUAUAUAUCCAGGACUUUUUCCAAUAGGUUUAUUUAUUUAUUUUCUAUGUUUUGUGAGCUGCCUUUAUGUAAUUCUAUCACUUCCAGCUAUGAGUAGCUCCUCCAGUUUUUGCGGUAGUGAAGAUCCAGAUCAUCAAAGUACGAUUAUAAGUAGGGUUGGGCGAUGUGAAUUUAAUUGGCAUAUGACACAUCUGACAGAAAACAGGAAAAACAUCCAUACUGCUCAUGUGGUGUCAAGUGUCCGCAAGCCCCGACAUUCAUAUUCGACUCGAAAUGGCGUCAUUUACACCAUGUUUUAAGCCUAAAAGUCCACCAGAAGUGCCGAGCUAGCGUACGUUAGCAUGUCCGACGGUCACUAAACGCACCUCGUCUGAAGAUAUCAGCGGACAUUUAGGCUUAAAACUUGGUGUAAAUGAUGUUGAAUUUGAAUGUCGGGGCUUACGGACAGUUAGAUGACACCACACGAGCCGUAUGGAGGCAUGUUAUGUUUUUUUCUGUUUAAUUACGUCUGGAGCUUUGGUCAACAGUUAGUUCAGUUGUAUUGGAUUCUGCUCUAACACUGUUUACCCCUGAAACUCCAGAAGUGUUUUGUGGACUCAACUUUUGAAGUGAAGGUGAACGGGGCCAUUAAAUGAUGGUGUAUUUGUGGUUGAGAGGAGGUUCAAACCCCUACAGUUUUGUAUAUUUUUGUUAUGACUAUUUCUCUGUUCCAUAUAAAGAUUGAUAAAGUUUAUUUAAGGGGGAACUCA